GGCAGAAGCUGGCUUGACGCGUUGGAACCUGCGAUGUGGCCUACCAAAUUCAAUUGAUGCCACCGCAGCGCAGCAUUCGACCUCUGCGGCUAUGUUGUCAGACCCGCUGGGCCUUCAAUGGGCCCAACCGCCGCCCAUUAUCGACCCGACGCGGUGACGAUGCAGAAGCGCCCUCUAAGGCUCAGGACCGCGGAACUCCUUCACAGCAACCUCGAGUACAAUCACGAGGCAAAGGGUGGUGGGCCUCGUUUGCUAAACGGGUAUCAAGCUCGGUUUACGGACAUGCAGCUGGGCACACUCCUGAGCGUUCGAACUCUUCCGAAUCGAUCGUACAGUCGGAGCCUCAAACAACAGCUCCUGAGACUGCUUCUCAACAGGACCGUUUUUCCGUCUCUAGAGCUCCUAUCAGCUCACCUGGAGAAAGCUUGAACCUCGGAUACGCAAAAGUUCCCAACCUCAACGAAAUACGGGCACAGCCAGCGGAGCACAACAAAGAUCUCAGCGGUGACUACCAUGGGGAAGAUGAAAAACAUCUCGCGACGGAGCCAUCUGAUGUUCAAUCGUCGCAGGCUGAGGCCGAGCUUGGUACUUCUACAGGAACACAUCAGGUUCUCCAGGAGCAGUUGAAGGAACUACGUGAGCAAGUGCGUCUUUUGCAGGAGGCAUUAGUUGCGAAACAGGGAUCACUUCCAUUAGGAGAGUCCCGCCCAGAACCGUCGGGACAAGUUCAGCGGGCGCCCUCCCCGCCCCCUACCAUAGACAUUUCGCCGCCCUUACCUCCGACAGGCAUACCCGCAGCGACCCAGGCUACGGAGAACGCGACCCUAGUUAGAGGUGGUCUCGGGACCGAUGAUCCCGUGUCUGUUCUGAACGUCGCCCGACAUCUGAUCAAGCUCAAUGGGAGCAGACUAAUAUCGAUAAGUCGUCAGCUGCGCGAGAUGAAUUCUACACGAGUCACCCCUUUGCAACGCUCACUCAAUGAGAAGGUUGAGAUAUUCAAAGAGCACUUGUCUGAAGCGUACGUAGGGGUUGCAAGACGAAGGCCUCGAUUCAUUGUCAUUGAAAGUCUUUUAUUGAAGGCGGAGUUGGAGCUAGAGGACGCCAUAGCCGCCCUCGAUACACAACGCCCCAAAGUGAAUUACACGAUCCCGAAGCCCAUGGAUUCAGUGCCGGUGACUGUAAGCAACACAGAGAAACUGACGAAAGCUGAGUCAACAUUCGAGAAGUCGGGAGGGGAGUACGUACGGCUGGUACGCGAGCUUCAUACCAAGUCGGACGAGACCCGGAAAAAGGAACCACAAGAGCUUCUCGACUCUCCUCGUGACGUGGACGACCCAGGAAUCGGAAACGAUUCUUCAAAGGAACGCCCCGCUCCGCAAUCCGACAGCCCCUCACUCCUGGAAGAGCUCUUUCCAGAAGCCACGACUUACGCGCAACCACAUUACACCAGCAACAAUCCCUUUCCAAAACUGGAUCUCCCAAAGGAUGUUCCCUUAAUCCGGCCUACUUACCUCGAAGCCCCAAAGACAGCCCGAGAGCGUAUCACUGAAUCCUUUCGAACACGUCAGGAGGCCAUUACCGUUCUUCAGCUUGUGCAUUGUAGCACCGAGCUCACAGAAGCCGAUUUCCGACGCCUGAUUCCCAAGGGAAAGCAUAUAGAAUCAUGGAUACGCGAUGGCGAAUUCGACAAAAUAAUUCCCGGAAGAGAUCCGCUAACGCUUGAGCGGUUACCGUUUUACUACCUGCUGUUCAAAUCCCCCGAAUCCGCCUUAGCGUACCAGAACAAUGCUGCUCGGCUCCAUAAGCUGGCCGGGCUCCAUGAGCCGUCUUCUAUCCACUCGGCAAUACCACCCCCAAAGGGUAUGCUGGAGGAUGGAGAGGACCUGAACAAAGUCUUGUCCACGUACUUCCUGAAGCCUACCAGUCUCAAACUAACCCUGCACAUGCUCCUCCAACCAUAUAACCCGAGCCUACGGGCGCUGAUUGAACGAGGCGGAUAUGAACCUAUCGUUCCCAGCGUCGGCACGAAAGGCCAGCCCAUAUGGAAGGUCCUUCUCCAUAUCGAAGGCUGGGAGCCUUCAAGAGACGAUCUCUACCACACCUUCAAACGCCACGCGUACGACCGCGGCCUCACUUGGCCCUUCCACAACGGCUCCGAGGGCAUCCAUCGCCUCCGCGACAUCAUCAAUGUGAACACCAAGAUCCAGGCUGUAUCCUCGGCCAAUCCGCGCGCUGCCAACGGCGACCACUGGUCGUCGCUCGAUCCGUUGCUCGGUUCCAUCAAGCUUGAUUCCCAGGGUCCGUGGUCGCGCAGUGCGGAGACGAAUCUCAAGCAGUUUGUCACGAAUCGGUUGUACAAUCGGUGGAUCGUGGAGUUUGAGGAGGAGAUUGCGGCGCGCAGGUUUGCGCGCAUGUGGCAUCGGAGGUUGUUGCCGGCGCAGAAGAUUACGUGGAAGGAUGCGGAGGAGCCGCGGAUGAUUAAUGCGGAGUUUUUGUGGUAGCGGGGUGAGUGGACGAACAAGACGAGGUCGGGGUGCUGGUAUUGGGUGUGUAGAUAUGUGUAUGUAUUUUGUUGCAUGUCGAUAGGGAGGGAGUAUACUGUAUCAAACAAGCGAGGAUGGUGUUAAGGGAUCUAGAGGAAGUUGAUGGGAUAUGUAGACUCGAUGCAUUUGUUCAGCCGCACUACGCAUGGAACAGCCACAAACCUGUCGUGCGAUUAAGCCGACCAGUCAUUGUGCAAGCCUUAGGUGCAAGAACGGGAGGGCUGAAGCCACAAUCCAGGAUACGAUAACUUUAAUUGUACUGUUGGGAUACGUUUCUACGAACAAAUGCACAUUAAAAAAGAAGUAUUCUUCCAUGGUAGAGGGUAUAUAGGUAAG